AUGACUGAAAUCACAAUCACAGACUUCAUCACUCGAGAUGUUCGCUUCCCCACAUCCCUGGACAAGACAGGGUCCGAUGCCAUGAACGCAGCAGGCGACUACUCAUCCGCCUACUGCAUCCUCAAGACUGACUCGGACUACACCGGUCACGGAAUGACAUUCACCAUCGGCCGUGGCAACGACAUCGUAUGUGACGCCAUAGUUCACGUAGCCGGACGUCUGAAGGGUCGCACCCUGUCAUCCCUCGUGGCGGACUGGGGCAAGACGUGGCGCCACCUCGUCAAUGACAGCCAGCUGCGGUGGAUCGGGCCGGAGAAGGGCGUGAUCCACCUGGCGCUCGGGGCCGUGGUCAACGCCGUGUGGGACCUGUGGGCCAAGGUGCUGGGCAAGCCGGUCUGGCGUAUCGUGGCCGACAUGACGCCCGAGGAGCUGGUGCGCUGCAUCGACUUCCGCUACAUCACCGACGCCAUCACGCCGGAAGAGGCCGUCGCCCUGCUGCGCGAGCAGGAACCCACCAAGCCGGCGCGCAUCCAGGACGCCCUGGACAGCAGGGCCGUGCCGGCCUACACCACCAGCGCCGGCUGGCUGGGCUACGGGGAGGAUAGGAUGCGCUCCCUGCUGCGCGAGACCCUGGCCCAGGGCUACCGCCACUUCAAGCUCAAGGUCGGGGGCAGCGUGGCCGAGGACCGGCGCCGGCUGACCAUCGCCCGCGACGUCAUCGGCUACGAUAGGGGCAACGUCCUCAUGGUCGACGCGAACCAGGUCUGGUCCGUCCCCGAGGCCGUCGAGUACAUGACCCAGCUGCGCGACUUCAAGCCCUGGUUCAUCGAGGAGCCCACGUCGCCCGACGACAUCCUCGGCCACAAGGCCGUGCGCGACGCCCUCCGGCCCUACGGCAUCGGCGUGGCCACCGGCGAGAUGUGCCAGAACCGCGUCGUCUUCAAGCAGCUCAUCGUCUCCGGCGCCAUCGACUUCUGCCAGAUCGACGCCUGCCGCCUCGGCGGCGUGAACGAGGUGCUCGCCGUCCUGCUCAUCGCCAAGAAGUUUGGCGUCCCCGUCGUGCCGCACUCCGGUGGCGUCGGCCUGCCAGAGUACACGCAGCAUCUCAGCACCAUCGACUAUGUCGUCGUCAGCGGGAAGAAGUCUCUCCUCGAGUACGUGGACCACCUGCACGAACACUUCCUGCAUCCGUCCGUCAUCAGAGACGGCUACUACCAGACGCCCACGGAGCCCGGUUACAGCGUUGAGAUGAAGCCGGAUAGCAUGGAUCGCUACACCUAUCCCGGGAAGGAGGGUGUGAGCUGGUGGACAACCGACGAGGCGAAACCCAUCCUCACGGGUGACCAGGUUUGA